CAAUCUUCCCUGCCGCCACCAACUCCCUUUCUAAGUCCGACAGACAUCAUGUUCCCCGGCAGCCCCUCUCCUCUGACUCCCGCAGCUAUCACUGUCAUGAGCUCGGAGGAGGAAGAAGAACGGUACGCGCGGUGAUAAUGAUGGAGCCUCUUUUCUACCCUACAUUGCCUCCACUGGGGCGCGCGAUAAAUAGACUCCCCCGCGUUGGACGGUCUCCGCAGGGGAUCGCGUCGGCUAGUCGGUUGCAGUAUACGGUAUACUAGGUCGGUACGUACUUCGUAUUUCCAUAUAUGCAUAAACCUCCCCGCAACUUCUCUUCCCAAAAGAAACCCUUCGUUCCAACUGGCCUAUCUUCUUUCUUUAGCUUCCCCCGUCUCGCGCGCCACCGCAUGCGGCAGCCGGCAGCGACUCCCACAGUGUUCCCUUCGACCUUCCCUCCCUCAUCGCCUCCGCGCUCGAACAGCCUGGAGGCCUAAUAACCUGGUUUUCCGGGGACCCGGAGCCGAAAAAGGACUGCCACCAACCGCUCGCUUUCCCGCACCUCCCCCCACCUCUCGCCCCCUCCCUCCCUCCAGUUGCAGGAUCAGCAUCGAUGCGAUUCGACCGCGGCCGCGCAUCCGGUGCGGAGGUCUGCAAUUGGGGGGAGGAGGCUCCGCUCCGCCGCCGGAACCGCUGCGAGCGAGUUUGAUUUCCUGCUGCUGGCUCUUAAUCCCACGGGGAGCGAUUUGGUGUUGCUCGGCAUUACUGUUUGAUGGCAGACGGCAGUGCUGCUUCUCUGAGGAGGCAUUGUGGCAAUAGGCAGCUUCGUUGAACAGCAAUCCAUUCGCAGGAGGAAUUAGAACAGAUCAAAGAGGAGGGCUGAUCAUGGAGCAUGUGAUUGGAGGGAAGUACAAGCUUGGGAGGAAGAUUGGGAGUGGAUCCUUCGGGGAGCUAUAUCUCGUCUGGCUUUCUUGGUUCAGGUGUUAAUAUACAGAAUGGAGAGGAAGUGGGAAUAAAAUUGGAGCCUGUGAAAACUAAACACCCACAACUGCAUUAUGAAUCUAAAGUGUAUAUGCUAUUGCAGGGUGGAAAUGGUAUUCCACACCUGAAGUGGUAUGGUGUCGAGGGGGAGUACAAUGUUAUGGUCAUAGAUCUUCUUGGCCCAAGCUUGGAAGACUUGUUUAACUGCUGCAACAGGAAACUUUCAAUGAAAACAGUGCUUAUGCUUGCUGAUCAACUGAUAAAUCGAGUGGAAUACAUGCAUUCCAAGGGAUUUAUUCACCGUGACAUCAAACCAGACAACUUCCUUAUGGGCUUAGGCCGGAAAGCUAAUCAGGUCUAUAUAAUUGAUUAUGGGCUUGCUAAAAAAUACAAGGACCUUCAGACUCAUAAACAUAUCCCUUACAGGGAGAACAAAAAUCUGACUGGAACAGCACGUUAUGCCAGUGUGAAUACUCAUCUUGGAAUAGAACAAAGCAGAAGAGAUGAUCUGGAGUCUGUUGGAUAUCUUCUGCUAUAUUUUUUAAGAGGAAGCCUCCCAUGGCAGGGUCUUAAAGCUGGAACUAAGAAACAAAAGUAUGACAAAAUUAGUGAAAAAAAAAUGCUUACCUCAGCGGAGGUUUUGUGCAAAUCUUACCCUUCGGAGUUCAUCUCAUAUUUCCACUAUUGUCGCUCCCUGCGAUUUGAAGACAGGCCAGAUUACUCUUUUCUUAAGAAGCUCUUUCGUGAUGUAUUUAUCCGCGAAGGAUACCAAUUCGAUUAUGUAUUUGACUGGACUGCACUCAAGUACCCUCAAAUGAGUUCUAACAAUAAGCUUGUUCAACAACCUAGUGCAAGAAUAACUGGAGCUGGACCAUCUGGCGAGAGAACAGACAAACCAUCAGUGGGACAAGAGAUACGGGAUAGAUUCACUGGUGCUGUUGAGGCAUUUGCCAGGAGAAAUCCAGGCUCUGGUCGCCAUGGAGAACAUUCCAGGCACAAAAGCCAUGCAGAUUCCUUUGGAACAUCUAACGAAGCAGUUGCCGACUCGGAGAAAACGCGCAUCCUGUCCCGGGGCGGGAGCUCGUCGAAAAUGCCCGCGGGUCCGUCCAGCCGGCCAACCUCGUCGGGGGACUGCAGCGGCGACCAGAACCGCCGGUGGGUCUCGGGCAGCAGCGGCGGCAGCGGGCGCCCGUCCACCGCGCAGAGGCUCCAACCCUCGGGAGGCGCCGAGAACAGCAGGUCGUCCCCUCGCUCCCCCGUGUCCCGGAACGCGGCGCCGGGGAGAGGUGGCUCCGGCUCGCGGGACAACACGACGUUCCGGAGCCUCGAGCGCCUCUCCAUCAGCACGAGCCGGAGGAAGUGACCCACCGAUCGGCCACCGACGGAUUCUCAAAGUGAAAGGCGGGUUCUUUCGUUCUUCGCACGGUGAACCGCCGGUUGGCGUUGGGAUCGUUGCUCGUUGCAGGCUUGCAGCUGAAACGAAUCAGCAAAUGGAUGUGAGGAGCUGCAGCAAAAUACUAGGCCUGGAAGCACGGGGCCUGGAAACUCGUUACAGGGCUGCCGUGCAUAUGCUCUCUCCAAACCCCCAACAUAUGUGAACCAUCCUAGGAGAAAAGGAAAAACAACUCCAAAGUAUAACGCAAUCCUGUUUGACGGCAAAGCUUCACACUGUUGUUCGCUUCAGAUUCUGCCGUUUGGGGGACAGUUUUUCUGAAGUAUUGAGGGACAGUUUUCUGAAGUAUUGACAAGAACCAAGUGUAUAACUAUACAAGCAUCUUGGUUAACUUCGUUAAGUUUUUCAUGAGAUUAAAAUUAUUA